AUAUAAAAAGGCUACAUAUAAUGAAGUUGUUGCAUUACUGUUAUUUAUAACUCUGCAGAAACAAAGUUUAGAAAAUGAAUCUUCUUUACUUCGCCGUUUGUCUGGGAAUGGUGGCCUUGGCAGAUUCCCAUGGUUACUUGCAGGACCCGCUUGCCCGAACAUCACGACAUUUGGCACCCGAUGAGCCAUUCAGGCCACCAUACUGGUAUGACAACUCUGGGGUGUGGUGCGACAACGUUCAACAAGAUCAGUCCUUCUCGAGUUGUGGACGAUGUGGAGAAGCAGCUGGCAACAGGGAUGCCUCUCAAGGAGGAAUUUACGAUAAAGGAGUUAUCGAAAAGACUUACACGUCUGGAUCGAUUAUCGAGAUAAAGGCUGACAUUAGUGCGGCGCAUGGAGGUGGAUUCCAAGUUGAACUCUGCCCACAGGUCACGGAAACUGACAGCUGUUUCCAAACGCUCACCAUUGUUAGCUCCAACCUCCCAAUGAGGGAUAAUCGUGUCUGCGUUCCCAACGGGUCUGCGGUUGCCACUGCCAGAGUUCAACUCCCGUCUGGAGUGAGAUGCUCUCGCUGUACUCUUAGAUGGACCUACAGGACUUCAUACCCACCAAACCCCGAGUGCCACAAUCCAGAACCUGCUCAGACAUUCAGGAACUGUGCUGAUGUAGCCAUUGUCUAAUAUGUAGCAGUUAUGAGGAUAAAAAAAAUAUUGACUGCAACCAGAUUCCAUAACUUAACGGACUUUUUGAACUAAAUCGCAUCAAACAAAAAAAAUAAAUAUUUAUUGUUUCUUCCUGUAUUCAUAUUUUACAAUAUAAAUUUUGUCAACUUAUUCUAUUUUCGACGGGUGUCAUCUUCCACCAAUCAAUAUCAAAGUAAUAAAAGGCAUAUAUUGGAAUUAUCUUA